GUCAGCGAUACCCAAUGCUCAUGCAAGCUUUUUGCAAAACUGCAAAACGAAAAGCACGGAAGGAAAAAUAUUCAAAGAGCAUCUGGUUCGAGGCCGUCGCACCAAUUAGUAGGCGACACACCCAAAAGUAUGUGUGCUCUUAAUUCACCAAAAUCCACUGUGCUCCUUUACAGCUACACCUCAGGAACCACUGGAAGACCGAAAGGAGUUAUUUUGACACAUAAAAAUGUUAUGGCCAAUGUCAGCGCUUUUGCA